AUGGGAUAGCUGAAAAUGAUAUCGUCUGUUUCAAGAUGUACUGGUGUAUGCGAUGGAAGAAGAAUUAAAUUAGCCUGCUGAAGAAUGGUUCACAGAGUGAUUUGAAAAUACAUAAAUUAUAAAACUAAGAGAAAAACAGCCAACAUCAUAGACUAGUUCAAUCGUAUUCAACCUAUAAAUGCCUAGUCCUUCCAUGCAAGGCUUCUCAUAUCUCAUCGAUCAAUAAAACUUGUAAGCAUCUAAACUAGAAAAAGCUACCUUACCUCCAUGGAAGGCUUUCAUUUCCUCCAAGCCCUUUUCAUCUUAGCUCUGGCAUCCUCUUUGGCCUAUGCCUUUGAUCCUAGCCCUCUUCAGGACUUUUGUGUAGCCAUAAAUGACCCCAAUGAUGCUGUGUUUGUAAAUGGGAAAGUAUGCAAAGACGCAAAGCUUGCCACAGCAGAUGACUUCUUCUUUUCUGGACUCAAUAUCGGAAAAAUCACAUCAAAUUCAGUUGGAUCAUCUGUCACUCCUGUCAAUGUUGCGCAAAUCUCAGGACUUAACACUCUCGGGAUAUCUUUGGCUCGAAUUGACUAUGCAGCUAAUGGUGGUCUAAACCCUCCUCACACUCACCCUCGUGCCACGGAGAUUCUUGUGGUCUUGGAAGGCACGCUCUAUGUUGGUUUUGUUACAUCCAACCCAGAUAAUCGUCUAAUUGCCAAAGUCUUAAACAAGGGGGACGUGUUUGUGUUCCCAGUUGGUCUCGUUCACUUCCAAUUCAAUCCAGGAAAGAGUAAAGCUGUUGCUAUUGCUGCUUUGAGCAGCCAAGAUCCUGGUGUUAUUACAAUAGCAGAUGCAGUGUUUGGAUCAGAUCCAUCUAUUAAUCCCGAUGUUCUUUCCAAGGCCUUUAAAUUGGACAAAAGUAUGGUGAAAAGUCUCCAAUCCAAAUUCUGAUGAUACUGCAAUGUUGAAUGAUUGACAUCCCUUGUUAAUGCAAACAUUCCUUAUAGACUCUCUCUACUUAUGUAAGCCUGUCUGUUUGAAUUAUAGAAUAUGAUGAAGUUGCAAGUUGUUCAAUGGGCAAAAGAAA